AUGGAUCCGUUAUACAUUCAACCUCAUUUUCCUUUUCUACAAGUCUCAAUACUAGGGUAUGGCUGCAUGGGGCUUACAGGUAUCUAUAACAAUCCUCUCCCUAAGGAAGAAGGCAGCAAAGUGCUAAAGGAAGCUUUUAAUAGAGGAGUUACAUUCUUUGAUACUGUUGAUGUAUAUGGGGUUCAGCAUGCUAAUGAGAUACUAGUUGGGAAGGUUCAUCGUGUACUUGCGGACAUAGUUUCAGCUUCAGCUAAUGCUACACCAGGACUUGGGAGAUAUCCUCCAUUUGAACGAGAGGUGGUGACAAUUGCUACAACAGCUCUGGAGGGGUAUAAGAAUGAUGCAAAGGCCAUGGUGAUUGCACUUGUUAUCAUUUUCUUAUGUAAUAUCGGAACUAAUGGCUUACCUGAUAACAAAGAUUGUUCUCUGAUAACAAAGAUCCAAAAAGUAGAUAAGUAUCCCACCCUUAAUCAGGUUUGGUCUGCACCAAAUUACUGCUAUCGGUGUGGCAACAUGGCUUCAAUUUUGAGCUUUAGUGAAAACAUGGAGAGAGAGGUAAAGUUUUUCACAGAAACUGAAAAAAACAAUCAGAUGAUAGGACCAAGGACAGGGGUACCUUACUUUUUGUGGUUUCUUUUCUUGAAAAGUAUAGCUUGGUGUGAGGCAUGUGGAAAUCUGAAGGCAUCUUUUUUAGUUGCAGUGCUAUCUUCUUCUUGUGGGUGGCUUGUAAUUUCAAGUGAUGGAGUCUGGAAUGCUCUUUCCACUGAAUCAGCUCUGGAAUGCAGUCACGGAUUGGUUCCGGAAUCAGCAGCAGCACAAAUUGUCAAAGGGUUUAUUGUGAAGGGUGUUUUGGUCUGUGAAGGGUAA